UUCGCUGGCUGGUUAGUUAUACUCUUGUAUAAAGUUAGGCCCUCUAAACUGACUGACUCGAUCGAUAGCCGUUGGUUAUUGCGCCACUAUGCAGAUACAUGGAUAGGCAUCCGAUGAAUGCAAUUAUACCCUUAUUAAAAACCCCUCCACGAAGCACUGAUGCCCAUCCGCCCACACAGAGCACAACUCCCUCCCGCAACUCCACGAGCACAUCCGCACCCACCUCUUACAGCACACACACCCCUUCACACCACCACACCCACGCCCACCAAUCAUCCUCUCCCGUCUCUCCAUUUGCGCCCACGAAUCAGCAGCCCAGCACUGUAGCACAGCCCCCAGCCCACGCGCUGACGUCACCGCGCGCGUGAGGUGUCCGUCGCCCUCGCGGGGGCUCGGGUGGUCAGCACCUACCUCGCAUCAAAAGCAGGCUCCAGAAUAAUUGAUACCGGGAUACGCGUACACGUACCUAGCUACACGUAUAAGAGCCCGAUCCGCGUCCACUCU